AUGCGUUUCUCCACCUUUGCUGCGUUCGCGACUUCGCUUGCCAUCGUCUCUGCUCAGACUCCUGACCUGUCGUCUGUCCCUGACUGCGCUGUUGCCUGUCUCAUCGCUGCCAUCCCAGGAUCUGGCUGCGGUGUUUCCGACGUAACAUGCCAGUGCACCACUGGUCAAGCCUCCAUCACCAGCUCGCUUGGGUCCUGCAUCCCCAGCCGCUGCUCGGUUGACGACAGUGCCAAGGUCGCACCCGCUCUUGCUGGCGUCUGCAGUGCUGCUGGGAUCUCCGUAUCAGUUCCCGCUUCCGCCACAGCUAGCUCUGCCGCAGCCUCCGUUGCUAGCUCUGCUUCCGCCGCUAUCAGCUCUGCUGCGUCUGCCGUCAGCUCUGCCCUCUCCUCUGCUGCCUCUGCUGCCAGCUCUCGCGUCGCGUCCGCGUCCACGACCGGCUCUGCUUCCCACAGCGGCUCGGCUUCUGCUACCAAAUCUGGCCCUGCCCAGAGCACUGGUGGCGCCGUUGCCAACGUUGCCGGCCUUGGUGCCGUUAUGCUCGGUGUCUUCGUUGCUGCUUUGUAA